GAUCUGGAGGAGCCGCCGGAGCGAGAUACACAGAUCUCUGUGAUGUGAUGCCACCCGGUCUGAUUCUCCCUUGACUCUUCCCUAUGAUCCGGCCACCAUGUUUGUCUUCACACCCCACCUCAUCUGGGCUUUACUGCUCCCCGUUCUGCUGUCAGCAGACUCCUCUGCCCCCGGCUUCUCAGAAUGUGUCCCCGAUGAAAUACCCAACAUGGUGGUAGAUGUUCCAAAUUCCGUGGCUAAAGGUGCCCGCUUUACUGACCCUCUAAACGCUGCAAAUGCGGAGGAGUGUGCGUCUGCCUGCUGCUCGAAGCUAAACAGCUUAGGUGAACAAACCUGCAACCUUGCAGUAUAUGACAACCGAAUCAGAAAUGCACUGCAAAACUGUUACCUGUUCUUCUGCCCCAAGCCGGAAUCCUGCCCCAUGACCCAAUCCCGUGGGGUUGUGAGUUUCUCCUUCUGGACAGCGAAAGAAAAGAGUAAUCUUGACUUAACGGAGGAUUUGCUGGAGAGCCCAAAGUCUAAAAACAAUGGCAAGGUGCAGAACUCUUCACAUAAGAAGUCGAGUGCGGUCGUCCAGGGAACCUUCUCUCCAGAGCCAGAAUUUGAGGAAAGGUUGAGUCAACAUGAUGAUGCGAUCAGGAAGGACUCUCCAUCUGAUGAGUCUCAGAGCAAUAUGAGUGAGGUCAAACCUCUCACUAAGGAGGACAAGGCUAACACGCCUGACCAUAUCACUUCCAAGUUGCUUCAUCUGGCCAACAACAUAGACAAACAGUUGGAGAAAAUUGAAGCCAGCUCUAAGAACGUAAAAGACUCUGAGGAGGUUGAACUUUCUGUCUCGCCAUCAGAUGAGGAGCCUUUGGUGGAACCAACGACAAGUUCCAGACACAAAGAUUCAAAAAAACUUUCUUCUGACUCUAAGGACACAAAAUCUAUUAAUAAAAAACCUGAGACCCUUGAGAUCCAUUACCCGACACCAAAGCUCAUUGCAUCAAUUCCAUCUGUUAGGACUUCACAACAAAUCAGCAAAGCUGCCCAUCGUCCCAUCCCAAACACCAAGCCCACCAUAGUCUCUUCCACUGCCCCAACAAGGCAAAGUAAAGUUACUAAAAAAGCACCAGGCUCUGAUAUAAAGGGCACCAAGGUUCUUUCAAAUCACAAUAGUGCCAAUUCUUUCAUCACAGCUGUCACUGCGAAGAACUUGCAGGCCGGUCAUCUUAUUAAGACCACUCAGGUUCCAACCAGCAGUGCUGUCUAUCAAGCCAAAUCUACCCUUCCAGUAAAGACUUCACUCUUGAAGACUGCCAAAUCUACUCUCAAAGAUGGUGACCAUACCUUUACCAACAAGGACAUGCAAGAAGCGGACCGAUCUGUUCCUGAGCUUACUUCCCCAGAAGGGCAGGAUCCUUCUCCUACUGGGGACACAAAGGAAGUCCCUCGAAAUCUUGAUGCUCUUAAUACCAACUUGGGUGACAGUGACAAAAGUGGCUUGGUGGCCGCUUUAGUAUUUGGGGUGAUGUUUCUUGUGCUGAUCAUUGGUCUGGUCAGUCACAAAGUAUCUGAAGCGCGGCGCCGCCACCAGUACACCAAACUUGACUAUCUGAUCAAUGGAAUGUAUGUCGACACCUGAGACGUGGGUAGUAUAAUAACAUUUUC